AAAUGAAGGAGCGGUGAAGAGGAAGAAGAAAAGGAAGUUGUUAGCCGGCUAACUACAUUAGCACUCUUGUGGUUUUAAGCGUUUUGGUAAUGGCGCCUUUAGACCUUGAUAAGUACGUAGAAAUAGCGAGACACUGCAAGUAUCUACCGGAAAAUGAUCUAAAGAGAUUAUGUGAUUAUGUUUGUGAUUUACUGCUUGAAGAAUCAAAUGUUCAGCCAGUCUCUACUCCAGUGACUGUUUGUGGAGAUAUUCAUGGUCAGUUUUAUGAUCUUUGUGAGCUCUUCAGAACUGGAGGCCAAGUUCCAGACACAAAUUACAUUUUCAUGGGAGACUUUGUAGACAGAGGAUAUUAUAGCUUGGAGACAUUUACACAUCUGCUAGCUUUAAAAGCAAAGUGGCCGGACCGUAUCACACUUCUACGUGGAAACCAUGAAAGCAGACAAAUAACACAAGUGUACGGCUUUUAUGAUGAGUGCCAAACAAAAUAUGGAAAUGCCAAUGCCUGGCGGUAUUGCACAAAAGUGUUUGACAUGCUGACAGUGGCAGCUUUGAUAGAUGAGCAGGUCCUGUGUGUCCAUGGUGGGCUUUCACCAGACAUCAAGACUCUGGACCAGAUCCGCACCAUCGAACGCAACCAGGAGAUUCCCCACAAGGGAGCCUUCUGCGAUCUUGUGUGGUCAGAUCCAGAGGAUGUGGACACCUGGGCUAUCAGUCCACGAGGUGCAGGUUGGCUGUUCGGCUCCAAGGUUACUAAUGAGUUUGUGCACAUCAACAACCUGAAGCUCAUCUGCCGUGCACAUCAGCUGGUUCACGAAGGCUACAAGUUCAUGUUUGAUGAGAAGCUGGUGACCGUGUGGUCGGCGCCUAACUACUGCUAUCGCUGCGGAAACAUCGCAUCCAUCAUGGUCUUCAAGGACGUCAACAGACGAGAGCCCAAGCUGUUCCGCGCCGUCCCUGACUCCGAGCGCGUCAUACCUCCCCGAACAACCACCCCCUACUUCCUCUAAUGACAGAAGCCAGUUCUCUCUCCCCACUCCACAUAUUUUAAGAAAUUAAUCAAAGUAAAAACCCUUUUAGGUCUACAGCAUCUUGAAUAGCAAAGGGUUUCUUCCAAAGCUACAGUCUCUUUGCACCACAUUUACUUUGUUCUGUCACAAAGAGAAAAAAAAAUCCUUUUCUACCCCUAAUGAGAAAAUGCUACCUUUUAAAUUCCCUCCAUAUUUUAAUAAGAAAAUGGUUUGAUUUUAAUUUUAUCUAUCCUACUAAAGCAAAUAAAGCAUUUAAACUGGUGGUAACUGCCAAUAAUACAUGUUCAAAUAAAGUUAUAUUUUAUUUAUCAUUGUAGCAGUUUGAGCUCAUGGUUGCCUUUUGAAAGACUGGACUACUUCUCUGUUGGGAUGACUGUUGUUUCUGGCAUUAGGAAAUAAGCUGUUGUAAUAAUUGUUCCUGUUUAAACACCUACUGUAUUCAGCUGCUGAGCCCACCAGUCCCACAGCAUUCUGCCUUAACUGUGGGAUUCUUUUCAGUUUGUUUUUAAAAAGUAUCCUAUGUUACUGCAGACACAUUUUAUGAUGAUGAGGUGAGUUGUUGCAACAGUGACUUUUAUAAGCAAUAUUUAAAUCUGAAAAUAACAUUUCCAGGGCAUUUGUAGAAGAGAAUGGUUCGAUUUGACGUUGUUCCCCAGUUUUGUAAUUUCAAUAAAACAUUAUUCCUUAA